AUGGAUCUACUAAUAUUUUGCGCAAAGCAAGAGCAAGAAAUAUCUUUAUUGUGCAGACAGAAUCAGUGCCGGAUGCCUGAAAAAGAUUUUCCGGUGGAGGGUAUUAACAAUAUUUUGCUGACUGGUGGUGUCAAACGACGGAAAUCUAUGGAACCUGGCAGAGUGCGUGCAUUGAUUAUGGAGGAAUCAGAUUCACAAGGAUCUAUAGGAGAACAACCCAACAAACGACGGACCAUGCCAGCUUAUCACAUGGUAUCCAAUCUUGACGAACGACUUGCUAGAAACAACUCAAGACCCUUGACUGGCCCGGACCCAGAGCUGGCUGCACUUUUGCAAAAAGAAGAAGAGGAAGAACGAGAACGAGAGCGAGAAGAAGAAGAAGCAGCCACAGCAGCAGAAGAAAGAAAUGCCGAGAAAGGGCCGGAUUACAAAAGAAGAAGAUUACUUAACCACAAACAAAGCUCCAACAAGGAGAACCAGGAUGCCUCGACAGCCAAUCUGUCUGAUCCGCGCCGCCUAGAGCUCGCAAGGCUCAAGAAUGAGCGGGGGCAGGAAAUCAAGGCACAGAUCAAGGCCGAUUUUUAUAUUGGAGACAUUGACGCGCCGAGACCUGAACGGAUGUCCUUACCCGCAACUUCAGGUGGUCUACUCCGACGAAAGCGCCGUUCACUUGGACCACGUCUUAGUGUGGGAGGCCAACAGAUCCUGGCAUCCCUAUCCGAGCAACCCCAAUAUAUAGUUUUUACUAAUGUGACGGAAACAGAGAAGACUCAAUUGAAGGAGAUUGUGCGCCGGUUGGGUAGAUUCGAGGUCGAAGGCCGUGUAAGCGAACACACUACACAUGUGAUUGUUGGAGAAAAGAGACGAACCCAGACGGUUACUCUUGGUAUAGCCUUUCACGCUUGGUUACUUACUCCAAACUGGCAAGUAAUUAUAUAUAAUAGUAAUAAUAAUAGUAAUAAUAAUAUGGCUGUUAGGUUGAGGGAUAGUGCAGAACAUGGAGCCUAUCAAAAGGAAGAAAACUAUGAGGCGAUCGAGUAUUUCCCACGUGCCAAAGCAUCUAGGAAGCGUGAACCUCUUUUCCCAUCCAAUCUUCAGGUGUUUAUAUUCUCGCUGCAGGUUGUGGACCGACCCCUGGCAGAGACUUUGAUCACGCAAGGUGGAGCAAAGGUUGCGCGCAGGAUGGAGGAUGCUGAUAUCUUGAUUACCCCAAGACCUCUCAAUGUUGAUAAGGAUUUAGCAAUAGAGAACUGGCUGCUGGAGUGUAUAGAAAACUGGCAAUAUAUGCCAGUGGAAAAUUACCAACCUACCAAAGUAAAAAGCAAAUCCUAG